UGUCGAAUGUUGAUUGCGUCAGAUAUGCGACAAAGCUCACAGUUUUGCUGUUGUGCAGAAGCUGAAAAUAGUACAAUUCCAAUUUGAGUAGAGAGUUCACGUGUAUGUCGGACAUAUGUAUGUUUAAAAACAACAUAUUUAUUCGGUUUGUCUCCUUUUCUGUUUGUUUAUUGAUAUGCGGUGGCUAUGUGCUGAGCUAUGUGGGGGAAUUUGCAUUCAUACAGAUUGUUUACAGAAAGAAUUAUUGUAAAUAUUGGAAUUUGAAGGCCGUUCUUCAGUUCUAAGCAUAACAGGAGCGACAUUGGCCAUGGGGUCCAGUGUGAUAUUAAGCCUUAAGCGGUGCCUGAGGUCUGCAUUACCGUUUAUUAAUCAAGGAUCUUUAGCGUUUCUCGCGUUGCGUAACACGGCACACAUUAAGUGCUCCAUGGAGUGGAGCUCCGGCCCAAAAUUGAGCAGAAACAACAAUAGGCAGACACAUUUGCAGAGCAAAUCAAAAAAUAGCACCGUCAGGCAAACGAAAAAUGAGUUGUGGGACAGCGUGGCAGAUGGCGAGGGCAAGGACUUUUUUCUUCGGAAAAAUCCUAUCCCCAAAUACGUGUUCGCUGCUGGUACGGCGAAAAGGACGGCAGAAAUGCUGAAGAGGAAGGCGAGAUUUCCCCCAGAAGAGAAUCAUCACGAGGAGACUGCGGAGAGCACAUCCGUGAGGAAAGGAAAACUGCAACCUCCUGACCAGCCGUUAUCUGUUGAGGAAUGGAAGAAACUGAAGGAGUCUCUUGGAAGUCCGGAACGAUUUGACAUUAGCAUGUUGUCUACUCUAUUAAAAUCUGGGGCAGAGUUGGAUAUUGCCAAGUCUCUGCUGUCAUUUGUCGCCACUGAAACAGGAACACUUUCCUAUAAAAUCCUAUUGCAGUAUCUGGCACUAUGCGUGAAUGGCAAUCAUGACAAAGAAGUAUUUGACGUCUACGAUAUUAUGCGAGAAAGCUUCCCCUCUUUGGAUACCGGCGCUUAUAGCCUCUUCAUCAAGUCUUUCAGCCGCACAGCAAGGUGGCGAGAGGCGAUCAGCCUCUUACAAGACCUCAAGAAGGUUGUUAUCCCAUCAUCUCGCAGUUAUGGCAAUAUAAUUGCGGCAGCCAUGCUAAACGGUGAUCCAACCACUGCCUGGGCUCUUUAUGAGGAAUUAUUGGCAAAAGGUCUGAGCCCACAACAUGAGACUUGGACAUGUCUUUUUAAGACAGUGGGCAUGGAGGACGAAGAGACCAUGUUGCUGGGCGAGCAGCGAGAGAGGCUGCUGGGAAUUCUGCUGUACAUGAGGAACAACCAAGUUUACCCACAGCUGAGUCUGGCUAACAGUAUCAAGACCUGGUUUGAAAGUAUUCCACGACAGAAGUGGAGAGGAACUUGGAGCAGUGCCUCGCCAAAGGGUGUGUGCAACAGUUGUGGAACAGAGUUGGAAUCCAUUCAGCUGACUGCGGAGGAGUACCAACAGCUGAGAAAAAGAGUCAUGACUGACAUCAUCCAGGGACGUGAUGUUUUCAACAAGACCACGCCAGAGGAGUUGGAUAGUUUCAAGGCAUUUGUGAGGAUGAAGCCAGCGUUUGAUGUAGUCGUGGACGGUCUUAAUGUGGCAAAUAUCAACAAGGACAGAAGCAAGCAAUCGGAGAUGUUGCUGGCAGUGGUGUCGGAGCUCAACCGACAGGGCUUGACUGUUCUGGUGCUAGGGAGGAAACACAUGUUGCGACCCUCGAGAUCUUGGGACAGACACAACAUGAACCUUAUCCAGCAGAAAGCUCAUUGCUUUUUCACUGACAACAUUUCUGAAGACGAUCCCUUCUUGCUGUAUGCCACUUUGCAUUCGGGUAACCAUUGUCGGUUCGUGAGUAAGGACCUGAUGAGGGACCACAAGGCUUGCUUGCCCGAUGAGGCCACCAGGCGACUCUUCUUCAAAUGGCAGAGGGGCCAUCAGCUGGUUGUGCAUGGACAUAUCGUGGCAGGGAGGAGUGUCCGAUUUCAGGGCAUUCCCAACUGUGACACCAUUGUGCAGACAUCGGGAGAUACCUGGCACAUCCCUUAUGAUGACACAGAAGACCGGAGCACUUAUGAAGUACCACAGAAAUGGUUGUGCCUUGCCAGAAUGCCCUGAAAACGUACCCAAUCCCUGCAAUUGGCUUGCAUCCGGUCAAGGUUGUACCUUGUUCGGGCCGGCAUUAGCUCCUGUUAUCAGCCACCUUAAUAAAUUCAUCGUGUCUGUACUUUUGAAUACAAAUAUUCAAAGACCCUGCUUUUCGAUAUACUUUGAUAGCCUUUGGAGCAAAUGAUGAUUUUUAUCAAGACCUUGCUUCAAUUUGAUAAGGUUUAAAUAAAAUACGACCCAGAUGUUGCUGGAGCUUUCCAUUUGGCAAAGCACUUCAGUGGAAGAUGCGUUUAUAUUUUGAAAGUAUAUUAUUGCCAUUUAUGUUUAGUGUUUAGGUGCAGGUUUUAAGGCGAAAACUUGCCCAGGAGUAACAGAAAUUAAACAAAUUCAAGCAUGUUUAUGCAAAUGAGGUUUUGAUAAUUACAACACUGUUGAGAUGAGUACACUGUGAUGCAGACGUGGCCGUCAUGCGUGAAAGAUUUACAGCAUUUUAAACGCCUGACUUUCAAUGAGGCGAGUAAAUAGUCUUUUUUUCUGUAUGCAAUUCAUCAGAGGAUGCAUUCAAGGCUAUCAGCCAAGGAGAAGCGACCUCCAAAGCAAGCAGAGGAAGGACUGUGCUGGGGUCACCACCGAGAAGUACAUCCCAGUCAGUAUAUGGACAAGGUCACAUGAAGCAUUAAGCUCAUACAUCACUAGUCUUGCUUAGUUCUUUGUGAUGUGUUCUUCAGAAUAAGCGCCAAGACGUUAAGACAGUCACAUCUAUUCAUUCAAAUGGCAGAGAACGUCGGCGGUGUCGUGAUAAGCAUGACGGUCAAGCCGGCUAUAAACACGGGAUCAAGAUUCCUUGCAGUUCCAGUUUGUUAUCUUUAAAAUUUACGGAGUGUGAUCACUCCCCACUGACCCCCCACGGCCUUUUAGAAGAAGAUGACUGUUUCUUAUAGAGGGAAGUUUAUGUAGUUGGUGACAUUACAGUACAGUUUCCAGAAGGGUAACUAAGUAAUGAGAAUGUAUCAGAUGAUAUACUGAUAUAAGAUUUUUCAUUAGUACCAUAUUGACUUUUUUUUUAAUGUAUCCAAUCCAUGCAGUCGCCUGUUGACCUCUAAGGCUGACCUCGGGUCUCAGGUGCAGUGGACGCACGAUAAAGAUGCAAACUGAAUGUACAAUUAAAGCCAUGAGAUCCCCGUUGGCAACGCUUGACUGACAUCUCUCAACUCCACACGCAGGAUGCUGAGAUGAAAACGCAAGCUGUGAUCAGUAUCAAAGGCAGGAAUUCUUCCCCCAUAAUUUCAAACAGUUUCUCAGUGCCAGUUCCUUGUUAUACUUGCCUACCUACACACCCACUCCAGGCGUGAUGACGGUAGGAGUGCAUGAGGAAUUGGGUGUGUCACUGUUUGAGUGUGAUCAGUCGAACACUUUCUUGGUAAGGUCACCACUGCAGAAUUCAAGCUGGCAGGUGUCGAAUGUGAGAUUCGGGUAGAGCACUGUGGUUUUCCUCUUAGCCGUGGACCAGCACUACAUCCUUGGUAGUGUGCUUGAGUGGCCGUAUGAAAACAGUCUAAAUGUGCUUUGUGAACCUGCAGAAGGUUUUCAACUGUCCCUCGGGGACCUUGUGGAGUCUGCUACAGGAGUGUGAUUUACCAGACCUCCUAAUAUGAGCUGUUCAGUCCCUGUACAAUUGGUGUCAAGAGUUUGGCCUGCAUUGUCAAAUUAGUUUCAAGCCAGAGUUGCAUUCAGACAUUGAUUUUGUUCAUAACCUUGAUUGACAGAAUUUCUAGGCACAGCAUAGGCGGUUGUGGGGCUCUGGUUUGGUGACCUCAGUAUUGCAUCUAAUUUUUGCUGAUGGUGUGCUUCUUUGGCUUCACCAAGCUACAACCUUCAAAUUUCACUGCAGUGGUUCAUAUCUUUGUGUGAAGUGGUUAGAUUAAAUCAGCAUCUCUAAAUUUUAGACCAUGUUCCUCAGUCAGGAAAUGGUUAAGUGCCCUGUUGGUGAUGAUAUCCUGCCCCGAUUGGAGGAGUUCCAAGUAUUUUGGGGUUUUGUUCAGGAGUGAGGGGAAAAAUUGAGUUGGAGAUGAAGAGGCAUGCAGACUCUUCACGGUCGGUUAUGGUGAAGGAGCCGAGUCAAAAGACAAACCUUUUGAUUAACUGGUCGAUCUGUUUCUACCAUCAUCUAUGGUCAUGACAAAAACAACAAGACCCUGAAUACAAGCGGCCAGAAUAAGUGACCUCUACGGGGUUCCCAGCUAUCCCUAAGAACAGGGGUGGGGAAUUCUGGUCCUCAAAAGCCAGUAUCCUUGAUUUUUUAUGUGUCCCUGCCCUAACUCACCUGAUUUUCUUUAUGGCGAAUACAGAAGCAAAGAUACGGGCCUCUAAGUAUGGACAGCAGUCAUUUUGAAUAUGUGCAUAUUCAAGUGUGUGUGUGUGUGUGUGUGUGUGUGUGUUCGGAUUGAUUUAUUUUGAUGUCCCAAAGGUACAGUACUUCCAUAUGAAAGGGUACCUUUGCAUCACAAUGUAUCAUCACUGGUAAGCUAUUUUUAGAACAGGCCUGCAGGCUACCAGUGUUGUGUCCAAGGACCGACAACCUGAGACCAAGGCCAAGGCCAAGGACUUGGCUCCGAGGCAUAACACUGCAGGCUACUCAUGUAGUCCAAGGGUUACACCAGAUGCCUGCGAGCACCAUGUUGGUGAUUCCAACACAGUAUAUAAAAUGUCACAAUUUUUAUGUAAUGGGAAUUCGACAUCUCACAGUGCAAAAAUGUAAGAAACUGUUCGUACCAUUGAAUGUUGACCAGUUAUUUUGCAGAUAAGCAACGUUGCCUGCUCAUGCACUAGACUGCAUUCUGUGUAGCCGCUCAAAAUGCUGAUUGUGCUGACCUUAACCUUCCCCAAAGAGAAGAAAACGAGAUAAAAAGACGGGGUCGGGGGGCAGGGAGAAGGGUCCCUUGACAGAUCUGUGAAUGGUGUCUCUCCAGGUUUAUUUUCUUUGUCAAAUAAAUCUCAUUGUUUCAUACA